GGGUCCACUAGGGAACCGAUCGGUCGGGCAGGUUAUGGCGGAUUGGACCGGGAUUGACUCGAUCCGAUUUAUCUGCACCCCUCCUCCCAAAGCCGGUACCGUUGAUAGCGGACGGGGACGGUAGGAGGGAAGAAUUGGAGAAGGAGGACUGAUUUUGAGGUUAUUUAUUUUGCACUGCAUCCUGUGUUAAAGCUGUUCGAUGAUGGAUGCGAAGCAUCCUCAUGAGCAACCAACACCAGCUUCCAAAGAUGAACCUGUUCAGUUUGAUCCAAGCCGAAUGAUUGGCAUCAUCAAAAGGAAGGCUUUGAUAAAAGAACUUGCUGAUGCUUACCACAAUGAGUGUCUUGCCUAUUGCCAGGAGCUUCUGCAACUUCAAAGAAAGUGGGAAGAGCAACAAUAUAUUGAAAGAAAAACUCCCGAGGAUGCUAGAAAGCAGGUGGUGACGAAGCCCAAGCCCUCUAAACGUCCGAAGAAGAGGCUCUAGGAAUCUAUGGCUCAAAGUUUUCUAUCUGUACUAUAUUUUCUUCACCAUGUGAUGGUCUACUCUCUUACUUUGCAUAUAGAUUUCCGUCUCAUUAUAUUAAAUAAAUGCUGAUUGUAAAGUCCCAGGUUUUGCAUUAGUAUGCACCUACAUCCUGUGUUUUCA